AUGGAUGAUCGCGAGCACCUGAUUGCUCUUCUCAAUUCCCGAUCGGCAUCUCUGGCGUUCAGACUAAAUUUGCUAAGAAAUUGUGUGCGGGAGGGCGUUGAAACUUGCAGUUAUGACAAUGGUACACCUCGCCGGGGUUAUAAUCCUGGGUACUCCAGCUCAUUGACGAAUUCCAAGCAUAUUCGACUUGCUCAUCUAGAGAUCGUACUCGAUGAGAUACAUGACGUAUAUCAUAUCGAUUCAUGUGAACUUGAAAAACGCACUGACUCUGCGAUUACACUAGAAAGAAUUAUUAGAGGAUUUCUCAUCAGGGUUUCAUACGUCCAGAGGGAAACAUCAGGAGCAAACGAACAAGCAAAAGUCAAACAAGCAGAGAGUUGUUCACCACCAGUGAAUAGUCAGGGGAUUCCAGCUGAGAGCUGUGGGCGCAGGAGGACGAUGCGCGAUGCGAUUGGACUGGACUUCAGCUUAAUUGUAAGCAGGGCGCUUUUCGCAGCACAAGCUGCGUCGUGCUCCACUGAGAGAAUAAUCUCUCGAUGCACUCGCCAGGUGGUUCGCAUGCGUGCUAUUGUCGCGCGCUCUCGAGCUAUUGAAGAUGUGCUGCUGCUUACCAUCAUGAGGACAUGGCAACGUUGGGCACACAUACGGGUAGAAGGACGGGUCGCCCUCGUUGUUGCGGAACCUAUGGACCCCUCAAGCUCCCAUGCCCAAGAUGGAUCUACAUUUCAGGCUCGCUUUUUGCUACAGAAUAGUGCGUGCCCUGGCUUGAAGGAUCGUUUCAAUGCGCCACAUGAUAUCCAAGCCGCAGCGAGGAUUGCUCAUUGCUCGAAAUUGCGUCGAUACUGUGGUGCGUGGCGUUCGCGGUCAUCUUUGCUCAAAGAAGUUCAUCUAAGGCGAAGACGCAAACUCACCCAAUUUGCCCGUACACAACUCAAAGCCUGGCACUCUUACGCGAUCAAAUUGCAAGCAGCUCGCUGCAUGGCUCUGGAUAGAUGGCGUUUGCAUCUCCUGGUUCGGCUGUCUAGGCCGCUAUGUGCAUGGUACUUGUGGGCGCAUGCUCGCAUAGUUCAGCGCAAAGACACUGAGCGUGUUGUUUCCGCGUUUACUCGACUUAAAAAGCGGCACGUAGCCGCUGUAACAUUACGGGCGUGGAGGCACGCUGCAGAAUUGAAUCGCUUGGAGGCGCGAUAUACGCGCCGCCAGCUUAUGGGUGCACUUGCUGAACAAAAAGGACAUGUCCGACGGCUCGAGAGACUGGCAGAAGACCAUGAUAUGACUCGUGCCGAGCUCGACAACGCAGCCGAUCUUGCACACGAGCGAGCGGCCAAGCUUGCCCGCAAUGCAUUAGUCCGUGAUGAUGAUUGCAGAUACCUUGAGUCCCGCUUGGAAUCUGCAGAAAACGAUGUCGCCUUAGCACAGCGCGUGCUUUCCUCAAUUGAGACGGACCGUUCUGCACUAACUCAGCAUAUUCUGCGAAUGCAACCAGUUGUUGGUUUUGCCAAUCAAGGGCUAUCCAAUCUAGCACACGAUAGAGACGCGCGUCUUGGCGCUGGUGUCUCAAGUACGCUGGGAAAUGCAGCAGGCGGGGACUUUAUGUCAUCCAGGACGUCAACGGACAUGGAAGGCAUGCAAGAUCCUCGCGGCGAUGAAUCCUUGUCGCAAAAUGCCGGUUUUAUGCUAGCUAACACGAUAGCAGGGUCCAAUGCAUACGAAGACGUUAGCGCCUCUCAUACCAGUGGUGCACACAUCCACUUGGUCGGGGAAGCAGAUAUACACGACGACGUCAUUGAGCUACCGCCGGGAAUGGCAUUGAUACGCCAUCCAAACGAGACAGGUGGGCUCAUGCUGUGCCGCAAAAAUGCAAACUUUCAUCAAGCUCACCAAGAUGGAAUCGUUGAUGGUGGCCCUGACGUAACCAAACGAGCGUUUGCGGUCCGGCUUGAUUGGCUCUUAGCAGCAGUGCACUCCAUGCCGCCGCUGGUAGAUUUCUCUCCCUUGACGCAAGUUGCGGGUGCCCCGCUCUUUAAGGAUGCUUCUACAACUAGGAGCAAAGAGAGUGACAGAAAAAAAACAGAAAGCCGUAGCGGUGGUGGUGAUAGUGAGGGCAAAUUGGAUCUCCCAGAAGGCCAUUCUAGCUUUGUACCAAUGCACGAUGUAUCACUAGCAAAAGUAGAGAGCGCUGCCAUUGAGCUUUUGAAAAGUGUCAAAGACAUGUACGGGAUUUUUGAGUUUUUGCGUGACGGCAACUUAGCUGCGCUUCCUGAGAGACUAAUCCCAUCAUGGAAUGCAAGUACCACUGAAUGUACAUGUACAGCUUCUUCUUCUACUUCCGCAAUUGAAACUAGGUCUGUACAGGGCGCAGAUGUUUGGAAAGAGAGACCAAUGCGUCCUUGGAAAAACUUGACUUUGAAAGCACGUCUGUCGGGAAUGAGUUUCAAGUGGCGAGACGUCCAUCAGCAUAUCGGUGCUCGGCUGCUGCGUGGGCGACCAUAUGAAACAAAAUCGGACAGAAUGGUGAAGCACAUAGUGGAGUCAAUAGAUCGGGUCGAUUUUACCUGUAUUGCAUUGUACAGUGGGGCUACGCGACAUUUACGUCCUAACAUCUACGGUUUCCAAGCCCUUGUCGGCGAUUCACUGUCAGAAAGAGACAGACUAUGGGAUUCAGUCGGGUAG